CUCAAUGCAAAUUCAUCUUCCGCGCGUCUCACAUGUUUUGGGCUGAGUUGAACGUUUUUUUUUUGUCUGGUCCUUUAUUUCAAUUGAUUAAUUUUUUCAUUUAAAUUGUUUUCAAUAUGACGAUCAGCAAAAAUAAUAAAAUGAUGCAGUACCUCAAUUAUAGAAUGAGGGUAAUACUGCAAGACAGUCGAAUAUUCAUUGGAACAUUCAAAGCAUUCGAUAAACACAUGAAUGUCAUACUGUCAGAGUGUGAAGAAUUUCGUAAAAUUCGAGGAAAAGGAACUAAAGGCAUUGAAAGAGAAGAGAAACGAGUACUUGGAUUCGUAUUGCUUCGCGGCCAGAAUAUCGUAUCUUUGACAGUUGAAGGUCCACCACCACCAGAUGAAGGUCUUCCACGUGUGCCUGGUGUCAUUCCUGGUCCAGGAUUAGGACGACCUGCAGGACGUGGUAUUCCAGCUGUAGUUGUUCCACCCGUUGUUGGUGCUGCACCAGGUCUUCAAGGACCAGUUCGAGGUGUUGGUGGUCCUGCUGCAGCAGCCAUGACACCGCAAGGUCGUGGUAUUCCAUCUGUUGGUUUGACCGCUCGUAUACCAGCACCACCUGGAAUGCCAAUGCCUCCAGGUAUGCCACCAAUGCCUCCAGGAAUGGGUCGUGGAAUACCACCGGUUGGUGCACCACCACAACCUCCACCUGGAAUUCGACCACCGCCUCCUCCUGGAAUGAUGCGUCCACCACCACCGAGUGGUCCACCAAUGCGACCACCACCAAUGAAAACCCGGCGAAAAGACAAAGAUCCGAAUCCAUCACAACAAGAAGAUACUAAACAAUAUCUUCAUAGUGCCAUGCUUGAAUGCACAACAUCGGAAACCAAAUUAAGAGAAAUUGUCAAUCUGGCCGAAGGUUUGGAUUAUAAUGAAUGGCUUGCAUCACAUACAAUCGCUUUUUUCGAGCAUAUUAAUCUACUUUAUGGAACAAUUUCCGAGUUUUGUUCAAUGUCUGGCUGUCCGGAUAUGAGUGGUCCAUGUAAUCGACAAUACUUAUGGGUGGAUGAAAAAGGUAAACGAAUCAAACUAACUGCUCCACAAUAUGUUGACUAUGUAAUGACUUACGCCCAAAAGGCGAUUAAUGACGAGUCAAUCUUUCCAACGAAAUUUGAUAGAGAAUUUCCCCCCACCUUUGUAUUGACUGUCAAGAAGAUAAUGAAAUUAUUGUAUCAUGUAGUGGCCCAUAUUUAUCAUUCACAUUUCAAAGAAAUAGUUUUGUUAAAUCUUCAUCCACAUUUGAAUUGCAUUUUCGCUCAUUUGAUCUUGUUCAACGAACGUUUUAAGCUUAUCGAAGAAAAAGAAGUAGAAGUUUUACAUGAUCUAGCUGUAGCAUUGCGAGUUUAUCCAUCAAGACAAACAUUGAUGACCCAUAAUCCUCAUUCUAAUGAACAGUCGCGUUUACAAUCAGAAGCUGGAUCAAUUAAUUACUUAGACAAACAAGAUGAACGUCGAUGUAUGGUUGAUGAUACCAAUAAUAAUAUAACAAUGGCUACAGAUUAUUGCAAUCAAGACGUCAUCACUACACAAUGUCGAAGCAUUAGUGCAUUAGAUGAUUAUCGAAACUUUGAUUAUCAAACAACGGAUGAGAAUCUAGAAUAUUUAAAUGAUCAAAAAGAAAAUCAAAAUGCAACCAAAGUGAGCAAUAUGUUUGGUGUUAAUUCGCCAAUGUUGGUUGAUGAACAAUUUGUUGAAGAUUCAAUAACAAUGUUUCAAGUCAAUUCUCCCGAACCAAUGAUGGUCGAACCGAUGAUGUCAUCAGAAAAUAUGCCCGCUAAGAAAUGUACGUUUGAUAUACGAAAUUCUCUUAGAGAACGAAGCAUCUCAGCAAAUGCCGUACUUGCUACAUGCAAAUCAUUAGAGACAUUUACCGCUUCUCCAAUCACACGUCGUUCGAAUUCGGAUCGUACUUCGGCAAAAAGCAAUUCCGCAUUAUUUUUCUGUGCUACUAAUGAAGACAAAAAAUCGCUAUCAUUUGAUCGUAAUGAUAAUUUAUUUCAAUCAAAUACAAAUUUUCCUAAUACUGAAGAAACAUGCUAAAUGAAUGAAUGGAUAAACUAAUAAUGAGAUAAUUUAUAUUCAUUUGGCAGUUAUUUCUUUUUUGAUUCGAUUCGAUCUCGAUUUGUUUCGACAAUAAUAUUUGUUUGCUUAAUUGUUUAUUUCUUCUUUAUCGAAUUUCGUAUUCGUCACUCACUCUCAUUAUGCCUUAUUCGAAAUUUUUUUAGUCAUUUUAUAUUAUUAAACGUUAUAAUUCGCUUGAU